UUUUCCUCAAACAUCUCUUGCCAGGACGAAGCAAUACCAUGUGGACGGAGGCGGCCAUUUCCAACGGUCGUCACCGUCAGGUCCCACCGCAGCCCUUACCCUCAGUUGUUUACCUUCACAUGAGCUUCAUUGCCUCGAAAGCUUUACCCAAUUUCUACCUUAAGCUAAAGCCCAAAGUCCCCAACGCCCUUUAAGGCCGUGAAGGGUUCCACUCCAGUUGCUCUUUCUCUCUCUCGCUGUCUGCUCUCUCUCUGCUGUGUUAUCUCCCCUCGCAGAGAUAGGUGAGCCACAAAAGCUCUCUUUUUUUGCCCCAUGAGGAUUUGUUCCACAGCAGCUUCCAUUUGGCUCCUCUUCUACCUCUUCCAGUCCUCUUGCAAAGUUUUCUCCUUAAAUGAGGAAGGAUCUGCCCUUCUGUUCUUCAAGCAAUCCAUCAUUGAGGAUCCAGAAAGCUGUUUUACUAACUGGAACUCCUCUGAUGAAGACCCUUGCUCUUGGAAUGGGAUCACAUGCAGAGAAGGUAAAGUGAUUUCUAUUAGCUUUCCUAAGACUGGACUGGCAGGUACCCUCUCCUCUUCUAUUGGUUCCCUCUAUUACCUCAGGCACAUUAAUCUUAGGAACAAUAGGCUGUCUGGGAGCUUGCAUUCAGAGCUUUUUAAAGCUCAGAAACUCCAAAGUUUGGUUCUUUAUGGAAAUUUAUUAUCUGGUUCUCUUCCUGUCUCUUUCCUUCAAAUCUUAGACCUUUCCCAAAAUCUUCUGAAUGGCUCCAUACCAGCUACGCUUCUCCAUUGUCAAAGGCUGAAAGCUCUUGAUUUAAGUCAUAAUGACUUCACAGGUACAUUGCCUGAAGGAUUUGGGAUGAGCUUUGCUGCUUUGGAAGAACUUCAUCUUUCGUUCAAUAGAUUAAGUGGUUCAAUUCCUAGUGAUAUUGGUAAUCUUUUGGAUCUACAAGGCACCCUAGACUUAUCGCACAAUCUCUUCUCCGGAUUGAUUCCAGAAAGCCUUGGAAAUCUAUCUGAGAGGGUCUACAUUGAUCUGGCAUACAAUAAUUUGAGUGGCCCAGUACCAAAAAAUGGAGCUCUGGUAAAUAGAGGUCCUAAUGCUUUUAUUGGAAAUCCCGGAUUGUGUGGCCCUCCAUUGAAGAUCCCAUGCCUUCCAUUUUCUCCACCUCCAUCUUUUUCAAUAAACUCAAGUGUGAACAAUGUCAGCUAUAGUAGAAGACUUAAGGGAAGUGUAAUAAGUGCAAUUGUUUUCGGUGAUCUUGCAGCUGUUGGUCUUAUAGCAAUGGUGCUAUAUUUAUGUUACCGACGAGCAAUUUCUUCUAAGAGAAAAGAGGAAGGAAGGACCUGUGGUAAAGGAUCAAAGGCCUCAAAGGACUGUUUGUGUUUCUGGCAAAAAGAGCUUGAAACUUUAUCAGAAAAUGCGGAGCAGUUGGACCUCAUUCCAUUGGAUAAGCAAGUGUAUUUUGAUUUGAAUGAGCUCCUGAAAGCAUCUGCAUUUGUUUUGGGGAAGAGCAAUCUCGGUAUUGUUUAUAAAGUUGUGCUUGAAGAUGGGCUUACCUUGGCUGUUAGAAGACUAGGAGAAGGAGGAUCUCAGAGGUUUAAAGAGUUUCAAAGAGAGGUGGAAGCAAUAGGGAGGAUCAGGCAUCCAAAUAUUGUAACAUUGAGAGCUUAUUACUGGUCUUUUGAAGAAAAGCUUCUUAUUUAUGAUUAUAUACCUGAUGGGAAUCUAACUACUGCUAUUCAUGGUGAAGAAGGAGAUGUUGAUUUUUCUCCACUACCAUGGGAUACUAGAGUCAAAAUCAUGAAUGGAAUAGCUGAAGGCUUGGCUUACCUCCAUGACUUCAGUCCAAAGAAGUAUGUUCAUGGAGAUAUCAAACCAAACAAUAUACUUCUUGGCCAGCACAAGGAACCAUACAUAUCUGAUUUCGGAGUCGGCCGCCUUGCAAACAUAGCUAGCGGAUCACCAGCAACGCACCUGAGCAAGAUAAUUGCAGAAAAGUCACAGAACUCUGAUUCUUCAGUAAGCCCAAUCAUAAGCAUCACACCAUCUUACCAAGCUCCUGAAUCACAGAAAGGCUUGAAACCAUCUCAGAAAUGGGAUGUUUUCUCUUAUGGUGUAAUUUUGCUUGAGCUAAUUUCUGGAAGAUCUCCAGCUGUUCUAUUGGAAACACUUCAGAUGGAUUUAGUGAAAUGGGUUCAGUUCUGCAUCGAAGAGAGAAAGCCUCUUUUGGAUGUGUUGGAUCCCUUUUUGGCUCAGGAACCAGAGAAGGAAGAUGAGAUUAUUUCGGUGCUUAAGAUAGCUUUGGCUUGUGUUCAGUACAGUUCUGAAAAGAGGCCUUCUAUGAGAAAUGUUACUGAGUCACUGCAAAGGUUAAGCAUUCUGACAUGAACUCUUGAUUGGAUGAAGUCCAUUUUCCUGUAUUAGUAGAAUUUCUGUAACUAUAUUUAUAUAGACCAUAUUCUUAAUCAUGUCUAUUUCUAUUAUUAUGUUUCAGUCUUGUAAUCCGCUUAUGAACUGUUCUGCUUGAGGUUUAUUCAUGAGUGAUAUUAUU